AAGCUUUGUCCAGUUUAUGGUUCCACCAUGGUGAUAGAGAGUGUGCAGAUACGGCAGCGUGGGGCAUAUGACUUUGAGAGUCACUAUGACAACCUUUGUGCCAUGCAGGACUCGUGUCCUCUUCCUGCUGUUAAAGCUCACCUGGCACAAGGUGUCCUUGACAUAAAUGGAGACAGGGUCAGAGUGAAUGACUGGGCUCCAAUCUUGAAUACAAUAAAGAUCAACAAAAGUCUGGAGUUUAUCGCAAUUCGGAGUUACUACACCCCACCAUCAGAGGAGAAUGAGAAGAAAGCAUUAAUUGAGAAACGUAAGAUGCCCUCCAUCAGAUCUAAGGAGAUCACCUACAGACUGUGUAAGGCACUGAAGGAAUGUCUGAUGUGUACCCCUACCCUGGCCUGCCUGGAGCUUCAGGGACUGCCCCUCAGGGAACGGGAUCUACAGACCCUCAUCAAGGGCCUGGCGAAGAAUGAGACAAUGCAUCACCUCUCUGUGGAAUUCUGUAGGAUCGGCGACGGGGGGCUAGAAGUUCUGUGUAAAGGAAUAAAGAACCAGACGUCCAUUAGCUCCAUCAACCUGACAGGCUGUAGUCUCUCCAGUAAAGGAGCUGAUGCUCUAGCCAAGGUCAUCAAGCACCAGGCUAUGAAGCGCCACAAUGAGGCAUGGAGAGACAGUCUUAGAUACCGGCGACCAGACCUUGACAGGAUGCCAGGGAUCCGACGGAUCACCAUUAACAACAAUCCAAUGCUGGGGGACCAGGGGGCAGCACUGCUGGCCGAGGCUCUCAAAGAUGAUCUCUGGCUCAAAGCCCUGGACCUGCAGAGCUGUGGGAUUUCUACAGAGGGGGCUCGGCAGUUGCUGGAUGUCCUUAAAUACAACACAACCAUUGUCGUGCUGGACGUCCGCAGAAACCCACUCAUAGAUCGAGAUGUGGUUCACUCCAUCAUGGAACAACUGAUGAUCAACUGUAAUGGUCAGGAUACAGAGUAUAAGUGGAUCAAAGCAGAGGAAGCCUUAGACAGUGGUAAAAAGAAAAAGAGAAGAACAAAAACACUGAAUAGCAGCUUUGGUCGAAAAACCACCAUCAGGGUGUCAGCUGGUGCUCAGAGAAGAAGAACCAAGUCGGCAAGUUCACUUGGGGUCACACACAAGAUUCAGCCAAUCAGCUCUGAGGGUGUGAAGUCUGGACCUGGAAUGCCUUGGAGGACAGCAGCAAGGGCCAAUAGAUACAGGGGAUUCCCCCCUGAACACAUCCCUGGUAAGGCCAGUUUGUUUGAGAACAGUGAGGCAUCCCCCACCUCCUCCCCCGACCACACCCAGUCUAUCCUCAUCAACGCUGAGGAUGAGGAGCUGGACACACUCCGGGAACUUGAGAGACUCAAACUAGACGAUAGUAAUCUCGACACAGGAGUCGCAAAUGUCAAAGAACUACAGAUUGAACUUAUCCAAGUAAAGAGGAAGAUGCAGCAGGAAAAGCUUGCUCGAGCACGUGCAGACAAAAGGGUCGUAGAGUUGACCCUGGAGAACAAGCGACUAAGAGAUGAAGUACUAAGACAGAAAGGUCAAGUGUCCGGCAGUGUGCUGGAUGAUGAUAAGGUCCUAGAUAGUAUUGAGGCAUCCUUCAAACAAUUUCACCAGUUUCUGGAUCUGUUAAGGGAAGCAGGGCUGGGACAGCUGAUCACCAUGGCAGGCUUGGAUCAGAAGGAAUCCCCAUUCUCUCAAGGCCUGGCUCAGGCCAAACAGACAAGUCAGAGGUCAAAUAAACCCCUCUUCACCUCCAGCCCCUCCAAGAUCCCUGUCAGACCCACCAAACCCACAAUGAAGACCUCAUACUUUGGAGACAUAUCAGCUGUAGGUAGGGUGGGCAGCUCUACCACGGGUCCCAAGGGGGGAGAUAAUGAUGCAAACUUGUCUGCAUUUGACAAGAAGUUUCGGGAUUUCCAUGACGGGUCCUUCAUUGAUGAGGAGAAAUACAUGAGGAAUGUGGAUCCCACAAUGGAGGGCGAGUACCAGGACAGCAGUUAUGAUCGAGGACCAAUGAGAAAGGAUGACCUCUACGAGAGAAUCUUACAUGAGACGAGCGGCAUGUUUUCUCACGUUAGACCAGACAAUUCCACUGUGGCAGACAUCUUACCAGCAAAAGACCUCAGUCAAUCAGAGAAAAUGGACUUCUCAACCAAAGGACGAGUUUCUCCAAAGGAAGAAAAGGAACCAGUUAAAAAUGGAAAAAAACAAGGAGACAUCAGGAAAGAUAAUAAAUCUGAUUUGUUUUCUGAGGACUAUUCUCAUGGAUUACGAGAGGAAAUCCUGCAGGACCUGCCAGACUUUGAGACCAGUGAGACCGAGGUAUCCGAGUUACCCAGUCGACCGAAGCCUCAACCUCGAGGCAGAAAACUUAGUGAUGAUGAGAGCAAAGUUCGGUCAAAGCGAGACAUUCAGAGUGAGAAAGAGUCACCAGAGCACAAGUCCAAGAUGAGUGAUUAUAACUAUAGCAUGGAAAGCUUUGAACAGUCUUAUAUCAGUGAGAGAGGGGAACUUGUACAAGACCUGAAUAUGUUAGAAAGUGGGGCCUCACCCUCCCCUGAGUUUAUUGAUAGUGACAAUGAAGACUUUUAAUUGGGAGCAUCUCACUUACCACUAAUUGAGAACUAACUGAGAGCUAGAAUGAAGGUGUGAUAAGUUUUUAGACUGUACUAACAGAGUACUGGACUAAGCACAGAAUAAAUGAUUCUCAUGUGAAGUCCUUGCAUAGCGUAACUCAUAAUGAUACACGUAUUAUGGUUUAAUACAAAAUUUUUAACCUGAUGUAAUGCCAUAAAGAAAAGAGAAGUUUUUCUGUGAAUUGUAGAGAAUAGUUUCUUCCCAAUGCUAUUAUGUAUAUUUUUUAUGAAUGAUGAUGCUUUGCUGCCAAGUAGAGAGGAAAAAAAACUCAGUGGUACAGAAAAAUAUGUCGUACAGCCAAAUAAUAGUUUCUCCUGUGUUACAGCCCUUGUACAAUGUAGAUAUUUUGAAGUACACGUACUGGUAACUUAUUGAUCAUUUCUGUAGUUUUGUUAUUGAACCCAAAAUGUGAAAUUGAAUGAUUAUGUAGCAGAUUUUAAUGAAGCCAAAAUGGAAUGAAGCUAAUGAUGGGAGACAGCUCCAUUAAUUUUUUUUAUUUCUUUUUUUUUGUAUUACUUCUAGACAUUAUUCAUACUUGUAUGAUCCGUCAAUUCUUUAAAACAAACAAACAAACAAAGUAAAUGUAUAAAUGAUUUGUAUUUUGAAAGUAAUUUCAAUUUCUUUGUUACUUUUUUGUAGCUAAGAAUGUAGAUUGUAAGAGUUUAUUUGCUUUGUAACAAGAAUCUAUCUUUGUUUGUUAUAGUGAUGGCUUUGAUACAAAUCUUGCCUGCUUUUGAAGAUCUGUGUAACUUCUGACUAUGUAACCCAUCAAGGCUUUUUAUUAUGUAUCUAUUUAUUCCUUCCUAUUUAUUUUCAUUAAUUUAUUCACUGCAAUUUUCCUUGCAUUUACUCUGAUUCAAGCUGUAGCUUAUUGUAGAUAUGUUAUGCAAUAAAAGAUUUGAA